GUAUGUACACGAGGCGUAGGUAAGAACCACGCAAAACUGACAUCCACUCGUCCAUUUUGCUCGUAGCAAUUCAAUAAGAAGGUUCAGCGCUUGCAAUUAUAGAUUUUAUAAUUGUUAUCUCGACCGAAAUUAAUUGCAAUUAAAUAACCAUGGCAACUCAAGGAAAGGAUUUGGAAAAGCCAAAAUCAGAAUCCGCGACCGUUCACCGUAUCCGGAUCACGUUGACAUCAACCAAUGUCCGUUCAUUGGAAAAGGUGUGCGCUGACUUGAUCUCCGGUGCCAAGAAGCAAAAGCUUCGUGUCAAGGGACCAGUCCGUUGGCCAACCAAAGUUCUUCGCAUCACUACCCGUAAAACACCUUGCGGUGAAGGUAGUAAGACUUGGGAUCGUUUCCAAAUGCGCGUCCACAAGCGUAUCAUCGAUUUGCAUUCACCAAGUGAAGUUGUGAAGCAAAUCACAUCCAUCAACAUCGAACCAGGAGUGGAAGUCGAAGUCACCAUCGCCAACGCUUAAAUUGAUCGAAAAUUCAUCCAAAUUUUAAGAUCGAAAGAAAAACAAUGACUUGAUUGUUGCCGAAAAAUGCGAAUAAAAACAUUCAAAUAUUUUUUGAAUACGUCAAAUCACAGAAAACAA